AUGUCGUCCGCUGUCGCACCCAACGUUACCGCUGCCGGUCAGCGCGCAGGCAAGAAGGCCGCUGCUGCCUCCACCGCCGCCAAGGCCAGCAAGACUGAGACUAUCCGUUACUCGCAUCGCAAGGCUGCCACCUACGACGAGAAGGACAUCCCCACCUUUGACGUGCCCCAAUUCACCGUCAAGGAUCUUCUCUCGGCGAUCCCUGCUCACUGCUUUGAGCGCUCCGCCUUCAAGUCGUUCACCUAUGUGUUUGCCGAUUUUGCCAUGAUUGCUGCACUUGGCUAUGCCGCUAGCUUUAUUGACCCUACCGUCGCUAGCACCUUCUCUGGCCUCAAGUCCAACGCCCUUUCUCCCUACGUUUCCCUUGGCGUUCAGCAGGCUGCUACUCGUUUUGCUGCCUGGUCCGCUUACUGGAUCCUCCAGGGUAUGGUCUUCACCGGCGUAUGGGUCAUUGCUCACGAGUGUGGUCACCAAAGCUUCAGCACUAGCAAGACGCUCAACAAUGCUGUCGGCUGGGUCCUCCACUCGGCUCUCCUCGUGCCUUACCACUCGUGGAGAAUCUCGCACGCCCGCCAUCACGCUGCCACAGGUCACUUGACCCGUGACGAAGUCUUUGUCCCCCGAACCCGACAACAGCGCGGCCGUCUCCCGCUUCAGCCUGCUCCCAAGUCUGCCGACGACUCGAACGACGAGGACGCCGUUGAGAAGGAGGUCGGUGCCAUCAAGGUUGACGAAACGUUCGGCGAGUGGCUCGCCGAAGUUCUCGAGGAUGCUCCCGCCUACAACCUGCUCUACAUUUUCAUUCAGCAACUCCUCGGCUGGCCUCUGUACCUACUCAGGAACGCCUCUGGUCAGCUCCACUACCCCAAAUUCACGAACCACUUUAACCCGGAUGCGAUUAUCUUUGACAAGCGUCACCGCAUGCAGAUUAUCGUUUCCGACAUUGGUAUCGCCGCUACGCUCAGCGCUCUCACCGCCUGGGGCCUGCUCUCCAAGGGCGGUUUCUCGGACGUCUUCCGCUACUAUGUCAUUCCUUACCUGUGGUGCAACCACUGGCUCGUAAUGAUCACCUACCUCCAGCACACCGACCCCGCUCUUCCUCACUACAAGGCCGAGGCAUGGACCUUCCCGCGUGGCGCUCUUUGCACGAUUGACCGCAACUGGCUCGGUCCUGUUGGUCCUUACCUUUUCCACGGUAUUGCUGAGACUCACGUCCUUCACCACGUCUCGAGCAAGAUCCCCCACUACAACGCCUGGGAGGCUACCGAGGCGCUCAAGGCUCGUCUUGGACACCACUACGUCAAGAGCACCGAAAACGUCUUUGUCUCGCUCUGGAAGAGCAUCAACACGUGCAAGUUUGUCGACGAGAACGACCAGGUCGCUUUCUACCGCACUGUUGACGGUGUCCCGCACCGCGUCAUUUCGCCGGACAGCGCUUAUGCUUCCGACUCGGGCAUUGCCAUGUCUGAGUAA